CUGUAGAGCACGGAGUAUAGUACUCUGUACCCUGUACUCUGCCAGCAGGGUAGGGCUUAGGGUUGGGCGGCGGGCUGGGCGGUGAGGCCGCCGGGCAAACUGCCUGCUGCCGCCUGGAGAUCUCCUGCGUCAGCUGUCCCCCGUUGAUUUCCCUUUCCUUCCCCAUUCCUCCUUUCCAGCUCCUUCAGAAUGACCUCGCGUCUGGUCUUGGUCAUUGGUGACCUCUUCAUCCCCGACCGCGCUCCGGAUCUCCCAGCUAAGUUCCGGAAGCUCUUGACGCCCGGCAAGAUCGGCCAGAUCCUGUGCCUGGGCAACCUGACCGAUCGCCAUACAUUCGAGUUUCUCCGCCAGGUGGCCCCCGACCUGCAAUUGGUGAAGGGUGACUUCGACGUCGACUCCCCCAACCUUCCGCUCUCCAAGGUUGUCACCCACGGCAGCCUCCGCAUCGGCUUCACCCAUGGCCACACCAUCAUCCCGCCGGGCGACGCCGACGCCCUACUGAUUGCUGCGCGCCAGAUGGAUGUGGAUAUCUUGCUCUGGGGUGGCACCCAUCGAUUCGAGGCGUUUGAGAUGGAGGGCCGGUUCUUUGUAAACCCGGGCAGUGCCACGGGUGCCUUGAGCACAGGGUAUUGGCCUGAGGGAGAAGACCCCACGCCCAGCUUCUGCUUGAUGGACAUCCAAGGAGACGUGCUGGUGCUCUACGUCUACCAGCUUAAGACGGACGCCAACGGGGCUGAGACCGUCGCCGUCGAGAAGGUUUCCUUCCGCAAGAACAAUGUCCCGUCUUCAUGAGUUGACCUUCAUCUAUUUCCCCCUUUCCUUGCUUGUAUAUACGCCAUAGAAACAGACACGAUUACGACCCUCUAAUUCAAAUUGACGUUUUAUCCCUCCA